AAAGAUAUCAGAGUGAGCGGGGCGGCGAGAGCGACAGGUCAAAAAUCAAGCAUAAACAUCGAUGCUUACUGGUAAUUAUGAUCACACGAGCAGAGAAGGAAAGCAAAGGAAUUCAGCACUUAAAAAAUAAAAAUUAUAAAAAUAUACAAAUAUUCAGGUCCACAUUUUCCGAAAGCGAAAGAGGAGAGGCAUAAAUCAAAGGGUAAAAUCCAGCUAUUAUUACAGUCGCCGCAAACUGUGCCGCUAAAUUUGUCGCGCUCUAUUUCUCCGUCUAUCUGUGUUUCUCUGUCUGUAAAUUUUGCGGCAAGGAACAACACACAUUUUUCUUUUUGCCUUGUCCGCGUAAUUUUAGUUUCGUUUUUUCUCCGUGUUUUUCUUUUCGCGUUUUCCUAGCGUCAUUUGCCAAGCCGACGGUUCUAGGACUUUCUUCUUGGGUCGUUUUAUUUUCGUAAAAUUUAUUUGCUCUGUCUGUCUGUCUGUCUGUCUGUUUUUGUUCUAUUUUUGAAAGAUAUUUUACUUUGGGCUUGGAUUUAUUGGCUAUUUUUUUUUAAUUCUAUUAUUUUUAUUUGGUUGAGGGGCUUCUUGAUCUCCCGGGUUCGAAAAGAGCUUUUAUGUCUUUGAAUAGGGUUAGGGUGUGUUGCUUUCUUUGCUUAUCCCCACCUCCUCUCAAAGCACGUUAUGUUCUGGGAAUUUGAGAUGGGUGAGUGGGAUGACAAAUUUGUUUCGGUUGGUGGUUCACCGUUGAUCUUAGCAUUUUCUCUUACUGGUUUCUGUGUGCAUUAGAGAGAGAAGGGGAGGGGGAGGGGGAGGGGGAGAGAAUGGUUUGUUUUUCUUGCUUCAGUCCUGGAGGAAAAGGUGUGCGCAGGAUUGAAAUUGAGAAUGGCACGCGAUCCGGUUCUCGGCACUCUGCUGAUUCGGCAGGUAGUGGGAGGGGAAAGGAGGAGUCAGGCGAUAACGGUAAGGGAAUCCGAUCCACAGCUAAAUCGUGCGAAUGCUGGGAGUUGAUUCGGGUCUUUAAUGUUUCAGUGAAUGGGAAAGGGAAGGCGACUUUGAAUGAUACUAAGGGCAACAGCACGAGAAGCAGUGGGGCGCGCAGUUUUACGUUUCGUGAGCUAGCAGCAGCCACGAGAGGUUUUAGGGAGGUGAAUCUGAUAGGGGAAGGGGGUUUUGGAAGGGUUUACAAGGGCCGCCUUGAGACGGGAGAGGUUGUUGCGAUUAAACAACUUGAUCAUGAUGGCGUCCAGGGAUUUAAGGAAUUCCUUGUGGAGGUUCUCAUGUUAAGCUUGUUACACCAUUCUAAUCUUGUCACUUUGAUUGGGUAUUGCACUGAUGGGGAUCAGAGACUGUUGGUCUAUGAGUACAUGCCAAUGGGUAGCUUGGAAGAUCAUCUCUUUGAUCUGGACCCUAACAAAGAGCCACUGAAUUGGAAUACAAGAAUAAAAGUUGCUGUUGGUGCAGCUCGGGGGCUUGAGCAUCUCCACUGCAAAGCCGAUCCCCCUGUUAUUUACCGUGACUUAAAAUCUGCAAAUAUCUUGCUGGACAACGAUUUCAAUCCGAAGCUCUCGGAUUUUGGGCUUGCUAAACUGGGACCUGUUGGUGACAAUACUCAUGUUUCAACCAGAGUGAUGGGAACAUAUGGUUACUGUGCCCCAGAGUAUGCGAUGAGUGGCAAGUUGACCCUUAAAUCUGAUAUAUAUAGCUUUGGUGUGGUUCUGUUGGAGUUGAUCACUGGCCGGAGGGCAAUAGACUGCAGUAAGAAGCAGGGAGAGCAGAACCUAGUUUCCUGGUCUCGUCCAUUUUUGAGGGACCGAAGGAAAUUUACCCAAUUAGUUGACCCUUUAUUGCAAGGGCGCUUCCCUGUUCGUAGUUUGCAUCAUGCAAUUGCCAUUACUGCAAUGUGUCUUCAAGAGCAGCCAACUUUCCGCCCUCUCAUUGGUGAUAUUGUUGUAGCGCUUGAGUACUUGUCCUCUCAGAGUAAUACUUAUGAAGUCCAUAAUAGCCGAGUCCGCAGUUCCCUGCCUCGAUCAUCCUCGCAGCAAGACAGUGAUAUCUUUUCCUGUGAAUCAGAUUAUCGAAGAAGUUCGACUUCUGUUUAAACAUCGGUGGGCAGAAGCUGCUGAAAUUAUAUGAUGCUGUUUGCUACUUUGUGAAACUUGAAGGAGAAAAAAUGUAAUCCAUUUGCAAUGUAAUGAUAUAUAUGCACCUGCAUAAUGGGUAUCUCAAAGUAUGCUUUACGUAUAUAUCAGAGUGUUCAGGAUGUAGUUUUUUCUUCUGAAAUCAUUAAAAAUGGUUAGGUGCUUAUCAGUGGCUGACUUACAAGAGAAAGGGAAGAGUUCAACAGAAGGAAAAUAAGGUCAUCUCGAGAUAAAGGGGUUCUCCUUUUCGUCAAGAGUAAUUACACCGUAGAUUCUUUGAUAUUAUGAAAGUUGGAAAAGAGGAAGAGGAUGGGGGGCUGCAAAUGCUGGAAAAACCUGUAAUCUUCAUUGUUUGCUGGAAACAAUAUGGGUUCAUCCUUACGCUUUGAGCUAUUCAGCUAUUGUCCAGAUUCUUGAGCAUACAAUGUAUAGGAAAAAAAACAGAAGCAUCAUAUGUCGUAAAAAAGAGAGACAACUUUAUCUUGUGGCAUUUCGUUGUUGCAAAUGUAAUCAUGAGCAAAGGAAAGAACUAUGUUUCCAAGAACAAAAUAAAAGCAAUUAUAUUGUUGUCUUC